AUGCUAGACUUUGCGGUUGAGUACAAGGCCGCCAUUCACCGGAUAACUACGGACCUUGAUCUUGGCUUGAAGAAGCACAACUUGGACGACGAGGAGUGGGAGAUAGUCGAGCAGCUGCGAGACGUUCUGAAGAAUGCUACCACGUUCUUCUCUAGAAAGGGGCAUGUCAAUCUGCCCAUCGUCAUUCCGGCCAUGGAUCACCUCGACGAGAAACUCACGGAGCACGCACUGGAUACUGGAAGAAUGACUGCCGCUGUUCGCGCUGCGGUUACUCUUGGCAAGAAGACACUUAAUCGGUACUAUGAUCGCACUGAUCAUACGGAGGUCUACCGGAUCGCGAUGGUCCUUCAUCCUCAGAUGAAGCUCGAGUACUUCAAGACUGCGAAGUGGGAACAGGACUGGAUUGAUACGGCCGAGAAGAUGACUCGGGAUGAGUACCUCCGCAGCUAU